AUGUGCACAGGAAAGUGUGCCCGCUGUGUAGGGCUCUCCCUCAUUCCCCUCUCCCUGGUCUGCAUCCUGGCCAACACCCUCCUGCUGGUGCCUAAUGGGAAGACCACCUGGACCAAUGAGAACCUCACCUCGCAAGUCUGGUACAUGGCUGGCUUCAUCGGCGGGGGCCUGAUGGUACUAUGUCCGGGAAUUGCAGCCGUUCGGGCAGGGGGCAAGGGCUGUUGUGGUGCAGGCUGCUGUGGAAAUCGCUGCAGGAUGCUGCGCUCGGUCUUCUGCUCGGCGUUCGGGGUGCUCGGGGCCAUCUACUGCCUCGCGGUGUCGGCGGCCGCGCUCCAAAUUGGACCCAAGUGCUUCAUGAACGGGAAGUGGGACUACCACUUCAAAGGGACCUCAGGCGCUUACUUGCGCAACCAGACCCAGUGGGAUUUGUGCGAGGAACCGCCUCACGUGGUCGCUUGGAAUGUGACGCUGUUCUCGCUGCUGGUGGCCGCCUCGUGCCUGGAGAUCGUGCUGUGUGGGAUACAGCUGGUGAACGCGACCCUUGGUGUCUUCUGUGGGGACUGCAGGGGAAAGGAGGUACGACAGCGUGGGGUGGACUUGUAG